AGGUCCAAGUCCAGCGAAACAUUUGAAAUACCAGCAUUCUGAAAAAUAGUAGAAACAAUAGGGAGGAGAGGAAAGGAAAAGGAAGGAAAAGGAAAAUGCCAUUGGGAAAGUACUACUGCGACUACUGCGACAAACAAUUUCAGGACACGCCUUACGCUAGGAAGCGCCAUCUCGAAGGUCUUCAGCACAAGAGAGCCAAAGCUCUCUGGUACGACUCCUUAAGAGAUCCCAACAGCAUUCAUCCGGAGUCCUUUGGAAAAGGAGUCUGCAAUCGCUUCGUCAGAACGGGAUCUUGCCAGUAUGGGGAUUCUUGUAAAUAUUUCCAUCCCAAGCAGAACUCUCAAAGUUCGAGUGCACAGGGCAUGGCAGAUAAUAUUCAGUCACCUAGCGUUCCGAGGAAUCAACUAGUUGGAGGCGCCUCUUUGCUAGGUGAUAUGGUCAGAGACAGCAUGGGAAUCUCACUGGGAAAUUUACCUCCAUCCCUGAAGCCUCCUCCAGAGGGUGGAUAUCCACCUCUUCCCUUUAUUGACUGGGGAUAGGUCUGCCACUUCACCUAGGAGUACUUUCUUGGUGUCAAUUAUGACAAACUCUUUUUUCUUUUUCUUCUUUUUGUAUAAAUAUAGUCAGCUGCUCUAUUCCAGUGUAAAAUGUUGUUAGUGGAUAAAGGCAACUUGAGGGUAUUUUCAUGCUCAAGGAAUAUGUCUUUUGACUUUAAUGUUUGUUGAGUUGAUGAACUGAACGGACUCUGUUUUUCUUCUUA